AUAACAUCCCCUACCCUACACCUCAGAACCCUAGAUUCAAUUUAAUACUACUAUACAUACAGUACAUCCCCUACCCACCCCAAGGUCCAAAAGAGAAGGAAAAAUGGCCCCAAGAUGCUUCAUAAUCCGACACGGCGAAACCGAAUGGUCCCUCAAUGGGCGACACACAGGCCUCACGGAUCUUGCCCUCACACCUAAUGGUGAGAAACGAGUCAAAGCAACUGGGAAAGCACUGGUUGGUAAUGAUCGGUUGAUUGCGCCAAGGAAAUUGGUUCAUGUGUAUGUCUCGCCGCGGGCGCGGGCGCAGCGGACGUUGGAGUUACUUGAGAUUGGGUGUAGGGAGAGAUUACCGUGGAAUGAGGCCCGGAAGAGUGAGGAUGAGGAGCCGAUUCGGACGGAGGCCAAGGUUGAGAUUACGGAGGCAGUGAGGGAGUGGGAUUAUGGGGAUUAUGAGGGGUUGACGAGUAAACAAAUUAGGGAGAUGAGGAAGGAGAAUGGGGAAGAGCCUUGGGAUAUUUGGAGGGAUGGCUGUCCUGGUGGAGAAUCCCCUGAAGACGUCGUCCGUCGUCUCGAUGCCCUAAUCGCCGAUAUCAGGAAGAAGUUCCACAGUCCUUGUUUCGACGGUGACAGUGAGCAAGGAGACGUCCUGAUUGUCGCACACGGUCAUAUCCUACGGGCUUUCGCCAUGCGCUGGACCGGAAAGCCGUUAACCGAGACCGCGCUGAUUCUGGAAGCUGGAGGUGUGGGCACAUUGAGUUACGAACAUCAUAACAUUGAGGAACCGGCGAUUAUCCUCGGAGGCGGUUUUGUGGUCGAGAACUAAUGGGCGUGGUAUCUAUCGGUGUUACUGUGGAUUGGAUACCCCCCCCGAGGAUAACCUAUCCAAGCCAUCAAUCAGUAAUUAGAAUAGAGGCGUAAAUCGGACGGAUAGAUAGACAGGUUGAUUUAAAUGACAUUCAAUAAAGAG